AUUUCCCAGAAUGCACUGAGAUGCGUUGGGAGGGCUUAAAAAAGCCGCCGCCGCCAUCUUGGUGAAUGGUGCAGUUGCGGUCGGAGUAUUGUUUCCGCUACCAUGGAGGGCGAUGAUACUGGAAAUAGACUUCGUUUCCAACUAGAGCUGGAAUUUGUGCAAUGUCUGGCAAACCCUAAUUACCUCAAUUUUCUUGCCCAGAGAGGAUACUUCAAAGACAAAGCAUUUGUAAAUUAUUUAAAAUACUUGCUCUAUUGGAAGGAACCAGAGUAUGCCAAAUACCUAAAGUAUCCCCAAUGCCUGCAUAUGUUAGAACUGCUCCAAUAUGAACAUUUUCGUAAGGAACUGGUCAAUGCACAGUGUGCAAAAUUCAUUGAUGAGCAACAGAUACUCCACUGGCAACACUAUUCCCGCAAGCGGAUGCGCCUUCAGCAGGCCCUUGCAGAACAGCAGCAGCAGCAACAGCAGAACAGCACUUCUGUCAAGUGAGCCAUUAGACGCUACAAAAACUCCUUGCAAGGGCAGAAGGCAUCUGUGGAUUUAAUCUGCGACACUGUUAUCUGAAAUGUCAUGGUGUUAGUAAAACAUUGUGGAUGUUUCAACAGUUUCAGUUUGGAAUUUCCGAUUUGCCACAGACUAAACAAAUGAUUUCUUCAAGAUGUAAGAGAUUCUUCUCAUAUCCUUAUUUAAAGGUGUAGAUGUAUUUCCUGAUACUGUAUAGCAGAAGAGUAUUUUGGAACAUUUACUGUGAAGUAAAAGUGGCUAAACAUUUUUGUUGUAUGCUAAUUUGUGGGUGUUAGUAAAUGGGAUUCUGGCUCUCUCUUAAUCCAUAGAAAUUAGCUU